CCGCGUUUCACAGAUGCGAACUAGAUUGUUAAUCAGACUUUUAUCAUAGAAGCAAAAAGCGCUUAACCACUGGAAUUAUUGAAACACUUGUUUGUUCUUUUAGAGAAAGAAUGACUCCCAUCCGCUCCACCUGGAUCUCUGCUCUUUUGCUGCUAGUGCUUGCCACUUCUGUUCAUCAGCUCCGACAGGACAAUCCAUCAUCUUCUCUGAAGAAAACGCCGCCGCAUCAUCCUAUGAUGGAGGCAUCCCAACAAAUCCAGGCUCGUGGCUAUGAUGACGGGGGUUGGAAACCAAAACCUGAAGUUCUGCUCAUUUCCGAGAAGAAGCCAGAUGCUGGAGGAAUGAUGAAGGACUUGACACCUCUGUUAGCUUUACUGGUACCUUUAAUAUGCGCCUUCAUGCUUUUUGCUAAUAAGAAUAUGAUGAUGCCUCCAAUGAUGAUGCCACCAAUGAUGCCACCGAUGAUGAUGAUGCCCCCUAUGAUGAUGAUGCCGCCUAUGAUGCCACCAAUGAUGCCUCCUAUGGCAGCAAGAGGAGAAGGAAUUAAUGACGAAAAGGCUAGAUCCUUAAAUGGAGAACCUAGUGUGGCCGAUCAUAUUUUAAACCUCAUAGAUAAAUUUGAGGACGCUAUAGAAGGUAAAGAGGGCAUGUAAUGUCAUGGAAUCAAGGCACAAAACCGAAAUUUAAUAAACAUCGGACUAGAUGGAACCUAUGCCAAAGGAGCUAAUCCUUAGUAAACAGGAGUCAUGACACACGGAAUGAUGACAUCCUCAAGGUUCCAGAUUUAAUAAGACGCUCGGAGUCUAAAUAUACCACAUACAUCAUCAUAUUUUUCAUAUCUAGCAUGGUUUAACAGAGCUUACUGGAAAUAAGGGAAUAUUAUUACUAGCUUCUCAUAAUAGAAUGAAAAAAAAUUUUGGAACUUAUCUGGGAAUGUGGUGAAGGAUAUAAGCAAAAAAACUUCAGAAAGCAUUCUAUGUUAAAUAAAAAAUAUUACAAAUCCGAUAACGUAAAUUUUAAGUGAAAUUUAAGAUAAAAAAUGAAUGUAAAAGUAGCAAGUUAAACUACAACGGUAUAAAAAUUUAAGCCAUAGAACUGUAAAUGAACUGAAAUAGUAUUAAUUGUAUUUUCCUGUUUAUUAUUGGAUUGAAAGUUUUUGCUUAAUUUUAAUUCGAUUGAAUAAUUAAAUGGAAAAUUCAGCUGAAAAUACAUAUUACCAAUAUUAUGCGUACGUGCUUUAAAAUUUAUGAAAACUUUUCCAGAGAGUCGUUUGAAAAUAUGCUAUUUAAAACCAGCUAACUUCGGGCGUUUUAAAUCCUAACGCACCAUUUUUUUUUUUUUUUUUUUGUUUAGUAAUUUAUUAAGUAGUGAUAAAAAUUACACUGCACCAUAUGUCUUUAUUCUAAACUGCUAUUUCUGUAUGUAAUAUUAAACGGCAGGCUAAUUUUCAUUCAGCUAUUAUUUAUUUUUCAUGUGUACAUAGCUACUUGAAAAAGCUAUUUUUUAGAAUUAGAAAUUCGUUUAAUUAGAAUUUGUGCUGUAGUUAAUGCUCUAAAGCAUGUUUCCAACAUUAUUUCGAAUAUUUUCGAUUAUUCACAUAAAUGCCUAUGUUAGAUUUAACAUUUAUUUUUUAUAAAAGAAAUUGUAUUUUUAACUAAUGGUAAAAAUAAUUCAGGAUUACUAACACUUAUUUUCUAUGAAUAUUUGCGAUAGAGUCACAUUUUGUCGUUUUUCCCCUCCCCCCGAUGUUUUUCUUAUAAAUUAUAUACAUUUUAAAAUCUCGCGUAGCAAAACGAAGAUGAAAGCUGAAAUGUAUGAUUUAUUAAAUCAGCUAGUUAAAAUAAUUAUUUUCUACAGUGGGAAAUAAUACAAGCAAGCAGUCAUUGCUAAGUACUUGAUAAAUGCUUUUACGCUGAUAGUGUUAAAGCAAAUAAUCAUGGCAAAUUCAGAGGCAUUUCCGUUUGCUUUUAAUUCUAUGUAUUGACUGUCUAUGGGAAUUAAAAGCUUCUUGGAGUGGGUGUUUUAAUGACUGGAACCCAGCAUAGAUUAAUAUUGAUUAAUUACAGAUAUUUGCCAAUAUAAUAUAUGUGAACAAUAGUUGAAGGAAUUUGUCAUUUUAAUUUUCCGAUAUAUAAAAGGCAAUUAAAUUUUAUUUUCGGUAUAUUAUUUAAUCAUACAAUCUAGUCAAUAGAAGAUACUUAAAUUCAUGUCGUUUUAAAUCUUUACAAAAGAACUGUUGUUUAUAACACUGGUAAAAUGAAUAAUGGAGAAUAUUUUUUCGAUUAUUAAAAUUGAGUUUUUCACUUAAAUUUACCAAAAUUUCAUUAAUUUUUAAUUUAGAACUAUAGUUAAUUAUUGCAUUUAUCCUUGCUGCAUAGUGACGCUUUUCUGUCUAAUGCAAAUGACAUAGUAUUUAAUUUGGAUAAACUUAUCCAAAUCAGUUAAUGAAAAAUUACGUGUAGUUAGGUAAUGCAAUAUGUAAAAAAUAAGAAAUAAAGCUAAUUAUUAAUUAUAGGCAAGCACUUUCGAGCUUAAUAUUAGUAUUACAUAAAUAGAUGCUUCUGAAUGUUUAAGGAUAUCUGACAAGAACUGCACGCAAGCGCAGUUAAUUCAAAAGAAAAUAUGGGUCAAUGAAAAAUAGUAAACUUUAAUGAUUACGAACACUUAUACUAGAGCACGUAAAAGAAUAUAUUAAUGCAUCAAAAUUAGGCAACUGAAGACGCUUUAUAAAGCUGACCUGGAAGUGAAGAAGACACGCUGAUUGGUUAUUUUGUGCUCUUUUUUUAGAGGAACUCAUAUUUUAAAUCAUGUUCGAAAGAUGGGCUCUAAUCCUCUUCUUACUGAUGAUACCUGUCGCCUUCUGCAGUCCACCCGAUGAAGAUGCUGAAGAUGAUGAUGAAGACUACGAUCCCGAAUUUCGAGGGUUUCCUGACUACGAAGGAUGGAAACCUGAUGCUCAACAAUCAGUUCCAGAAGUCAUUCUCAUCAAACAGAAGGAUCCAGGGUUGUUUUCUGGUUCUAUCAGUUCAAUGGUAAAAGACAAUCUACCCCUACUAGCUGUGCUAGCACCUCUUGUAGCCGUUGCCGUGUUAUUACCCUUAAAAGCUUACUUAGGGCAGCCUUAUGUAAUGUAUCCUCCCGUUGCACCUCCAGCACCACCAGCUCCUCCAGCACCUCCAGCUACCUUAAGAGACCGAGUCGGUAAACUAGACAAUGGUCUUAUCGAAGAGCAAAAUUUAGCUGCACAGAUACUGAGAAUGAUUGAAGAGAUGGAUAAAAUGUACGGAGAUAUGACAGUUAAGGACCGAAAGUAACAUGCUAUAAGCUUUGGCGAUUUUCACGGCUGAACUUAAUUUUCACGACUGAGUGAAUAACCACUCAGCAUUUUCACUUUAAGGACACUAAUUUCAUUGCUUUUGGUGAUUAAGAAGGUUUUCUUUGGUUCAUAAUACAAACUUCGAAGUGCUUCCUUGCUUUGCAUUUCACAAGAUGGAAAAUUAAUCAAAUAAAGAAGUGGUGUAGAAUUUGAAAUUUAUUUCAUGAUAAAAGACUGCAGCAAGGAUAAAUGCCUUUAAAGGUUUACAAUUCAUCGAAAAACAAGGUGCUGUUUUUACCAUAAGUAAACAUAAAAGACAUGAAUUUAAUUACAUUUAGUACAACAGACCGUAAUUUUCUUUGAUAUUGUCAAACACAGCCAAAGUUAAAAUUUCACUCUAAAAUGCAUCUUUAAUUUGAUGCAUGAUGAACUUAUCUUUGUAACUUACGAUGUAAAAGUAAAACUUUCUAGUCGCCUAAAAUGUACUUACUUUUAAAGUAUUUGAGACUUACAGUUUUAAAACAUUAUGUGAAAAUUAAAUGUGUAGAUGUUUUGCUCAAUUUAUCAUUGGCCUACAGACUAGUUGAAUAAUUAAAUAUAAAUAAAUGUCUAGUCCCAAUAAUGUGCUACUUACAGCAAUUUCUGGUGCUAAUUAGUAACUUUAUGUUCACCGUUUGGUGCUAUUUUACAAGAACUAAAGUUAAAUAAUUUUUAAUUUUAUUUGACAAUCACUAGUCUUAUUGUAGUUUUCUAGUCGCACUGCUAUCCUUCAUGUAUUAUUAUUAUCUCGUCCCCUGUAUUUUGAGCAGAUUUAGCAAAAAUUUUCAGAGUGUAAUUUUCAUUUAGAUGAAAUUCACACAAAAGUUUAUCUGUUAAGAAUAAAUUUUUGCUUCUGUUUCACUAAAAUAUCAUAUACGAGUCAUAUUAUUUAUUUAUACUUUAUUUAUAGACUAUUUCAUUGUUCAUGUAGCAUCGUUUUAUGUUUUUGAUAAAUAAAGUAUUCAAU